AGCUAUAGUUUUGCAGUUACACGCGAUGGCAAUGCCCGGCUUUAGUGGUAAAGUUUGAAUUCGUUAAAUAUGUUUGGAAUCCAAGGGCAAAUCGCUGGGUCGAGGAAACGAUGAUAAAAUAUGCUGCUUAUUCAAGCAAGUAGCCCAUUAGUGUUUUUAGACCAGUAUUUAGCAAGGCUUUGCAAAACUUGGAGCCUGUAAUGUUGGAUACUUGGAUACGAAUUCAUUUUACAUUAAGCAAGUUUGAACAUGAGUAAAGAUAAUCAUCUGAAGCCAGAAUAAUUUUUCCAAGAAAACACAAUUAAAAGAAGACCGGUGUGAAUCUUUAGCCAGAUUUAAAAAAAAACCCAUCAUGGGGUGAGUACACGUAGCCUCGUGUGUUGGGAAGUCUUGUUUGUGCCUGAAGACGCUUCUGGAAGCUGGAGUCCAUUCCACCAUUGGUUCUCACAACUGAGCUCAACCAGACUGUGACUGACCAUGUCUUCCAUAGAUCCGUAUCAGUAUAUUAUAGUGGAGCACCAGUAUUCGCACAAGUUCAGAGUGACAGUGGUACGAGCUGAGAAUGUCACCAAAGGAGCCCUUGGCGAUUUGCUUGAUACUCCAGACCCCUACGUGGAACUGUUCAUUCCCUCAGCUCCAGAAAGCAGAAAACGGACAAGGCACAUAAACAAUGAUGUGAAUCCGAAGUGGAAUGAGACGUUUGAGUUUAUUUUGGAUCCCAAUCAAGAGAAUGUGCUCGAGAUAACCUUAAUGGAUGCCAACUAUGUUAUGGACGAGACUCUAGGUACUGCUUCAUUUCCCAUCUCAAGAAUCAAAGUGGGACAAACAGACCUGGUUCCAUUCCUCAUUGGCAAAGUUACUAAGGUGUAUUUGGAGAUGUCCAUCGAGGUGUGUUCCUCAACUGAUUUGCGCUUCAGCAUGGCCCUCUGUGACAAAGAAAAGUUAUUUCGGGAGAAGCGCAGGGAUCGGGUCAUGCUGGGAAUCAAGAACCUCCUGAAAAUGGAGAAAGGUCGUUUUCUUCCGUCGUCAGUUAGAGAAGUCCCAGUGAUAGCUAUCCUUGGCUCUGGAGGGGGCUUUCGGGCAAUGGUGGGCUUCUCUGGAGUGAUGAAGGCUCUGUACGAGUCGGGUGUUUUAGACUGUGCCACGUAUGUGGCUGGUCUCUCCGGAUCCACAUGGUACAUGUCUACACUGUAUUCCCACCCCGACUUCCCAACAAAAGGCCCUAAGGAAAUCAACCAAGAGGUGAUGAAGAGUGUCAGCAGCAACCCCCUCUUCCUCCUCCUGCCACAGCACAUCAAGCGCUACAUCGAGGCCCUCUGGAGGAAAAAGGCCUCUGGGCAGCCUGCCACCUUCACUGACAUUUUUGGCAUGCUCAUUGGAGAGACCCUAAUCCCAGGAAGAAUGGACACUAAAAUGAGCCACAUGCAGGACAAGAUCAAUGAAGGCCAAUGUCCAAUGCCUUUGUUUACAUGCCUGCAUGUCAAACCUGAUGUCUCAGAACUUAUGUUUGCAGAUUGGGUUGAGUUCAGCCCCUAUGAGAUAGGGAUGGCUAAAUAUGGCACUUUCAUGACUCCUGAUCGCUUUGGAAGCAAGUUUUAUAUGGGCACUGUGGUGAAGAAAUAUGAAGAGAACCCACUGCAUUUUCUCAUGGGUGUCUGGGGAAGUGCUUUUUCCAUUCUCUUCAACAGAGUCCUCGGAGUCUCCCGUUCCAAUGACUGUGGCUCUACAAUGGAGGAGGAGCUUGAACAAAUAAAGCCUGAACACAUUUUGGGGGAGGAUAGCAUGGACAAUGACGACGAGCCUCGGAAAGGCGGGACAGAGAGCCUGGAAGUAGAAGAGGAAUUCCAAAAGAAAGCUCAGGCUAGCUGGGUACAGCGCAUGUUCACUACUUUGGUCAGCGACUCCACCCUUUUUAACACGCGAGAGGGCCGUGCCGGGAAAGUGCACAACUUCAUGUUGGGCCUUAACCUCAACACUACGCUCCCUUACUCUCCAUUCGGAGACUUGAUGUGCCAGACCUCCGUGGAUGAAGAGGAUUCAGCUGUCACAGACCCAGAUGAGUUUGACCGGAUAUAUGAGCCUCUAGAUGUGAAGAGCAAGAAGAUUCAUGUGGUCGACAGUGGCCUGACCUUCAACCUCCCAUACCCCUUGAUACUGCGGCCACAGAGAGGAGUUGACCUGAUCAUCUCCUUCGAUUUCUCUGCCCGGCCCAGUGACUCCAGUCCUCCAUUCAAGGAGCUGUUGCUGGCAGAGAAAUGGGCCAGGAUGAACAAGUUGCCCUUCCCAAAGAUUGACCCAAAAGUGUUUGACAGGGAAGGCUUGAAGGAGUGUUAUGUCUUCAAACCCAGAAAGGGGGACAAAAGCUGCCCUACAAUUAUCCACUUUGUGCUAGCCAAUAUUGACUUCAGAAACUUCAAGGCUCCAGGGGUUCCGCGAGAAACUGAAAAGGAGAAGGAGUUCGCUGAUUUUGAUAUAUUUGAUGAUCCUCAGACCCCAUAUUCCACCUUCAACUUUCAGUACUCGAACUCGGCCUUCACUCAGCUACACAACCUGAUGGAGUUCAACACACUCAACAAUAUUGAGGUGAUUAAAGAAGCCAUCAAGGAAAGUGUACUGUUCAGAAGGGAGAAUCCUUCCCGCUGCUCUGUCUCUCUGUCACUCAACGAAAUUGAAACAAGAAAGUUUUUGAAAAAAGAACAUCGUGGAAAACUCCAUAUCUAACAGAGCCAGUACUCUCAAGUGGAUUUCACAGCACAAUGGUUACACAACUCCUGGAUGCAUUCAUGUGGACCAACAACAGACUUAACUAAAGAAUUUCUCAGAACCUGGUACAGAAUGUUUGCUAUGAUUAAAGAUGAAGAACGAUGACAGCAGUGAGGCAUGGAAACUGAAAACAAGGCCCACUGCUGUCACCUGUCUUAAUCGCUAUCAAUGCAUUUCAAUGUAAUCUGACUACUUGUGGUCCAAAUAUCUUAGAGGGGAAAAUGUUGUUUUUAAACUUUAUGUUCCUAUUGCAGCAACUCAUUUGAUGAGGUUUUACAUUUUUAGAAAGUUACUGAUUAGGUUACUGUGUGUAACACCAUGAUUUUAUAGGUAGUACUUAUUAAAUAAGAAAUUGUAAGACAUUAUUCCUUGCAUAUGUUUCUUUUCAGUGCCUGGUCAAUAUAUGCUUCAUGAUUAAUAUUCACUAGAGAACACCAUUACCUAGCCAUUACAGGCAACCGCAGAAGUUUCUGUUAGUUGUUUUUUUUUUUAUUAAAUGUUAGACUUUUUUUUAAAAACAAAUAACUUUUAAUGAAUAGUUGUUUAAUUAGUUGACAUGGUACACCUUGCAUGUUAGAGCACAAUUCAGUAGUUUUUUUUAGUGAUAAAUAACAAUGCUCAGUGAAUGUAUAAAGACAGACCAGACAUAUAUAUAUAUACAAUGGUGCAAUUUAAAAUCCAGAACAGUGCUGGUUUUCACUUCCAGUAAUGCAAAAAUAACAUUUUUACCAUUUGAAGUGUUGCCUUUUCAUUGUCUUUGAACUAUAAUUGUUAUUACUGGAUUGUACUGGAUUCAAUUUGAAGGGUUAGUACAUUUAUGAUUUUAUCUCACAGAUUGAAUUCUUUGAGAAGCAACAAGAGACUAAGUUUGUUGUUGAGCAUUUUUUUAAUUAGAUAUAUAUAUUGAUAUUGUGUAUAUUGAUUUGUGGCUGACAACAAUGUAGAAGCUGAAUCAUUUUGAGUCUUUUGAAUGUUACCCAUUUUCUGUAACUGUAAACCCAUUGUAACAUUAUAUUUUAUCUUUUGUUACAGUUAAACAUACGGCCCAACCUGGUUUGGGGACAUUUUGCAAUUCAAAAACAUACCUUAUGCCUUAUACAUGCUGUAAACAAACUACUAAAUGCAUUAUUUAUAAUUAGUUACUGUAUGUGUAGCAAAAUAGAUGUGGGAUGUAGGAAAUGUUAUUGCAGAAAUAAUUCCUUUACGUUAUUUGUAUUUUUUUCUAUAAACUGUUAUUUCAGGCUUCAUUAGUUUAUACAUCCUUUUAAAGAAAGUUAUUUCCUCUGACAUUGUUUGCGUUGUGUAAAUGCCAGUUGGGAGGAAUUUGUCUUAAAGUUUCGAGUCCAUGAAUCACCAUGUAUCAUGACCAUGUGCUUUUAAUCUUGUUCUGCAACAGAUCUAAGGAAUUGCGUAGCAACCUGAUGGUCAAGGGUGAAGCACUGUCCAUUUUUUCCUGCCUUUUUCAAUAUUAAGUUAUGUAUUGCGACAUACUGUAUGCACAGUGAAGUCAAACCUAAUAUCUAAUAUUUACAGAUUGUGCAAUUGCCAGAUUUUGGCACUCAGGAAAAGAAAGCAUUAUUUGACCCCAAGAUUACAUAAGAUUACCAACAGCCCUGCUACACAGUAAGAAUGAGUACAACACAGGACAUUUUAUCAGCUGAACACAAAAUUGCUGUGUUUGUGCUCUUGAGUUUAUGACAAGUGUUUCUUGUAUUUAUGUUACUAAAUUCACAGAGAGAAAGUGUCUUCAGUGGUUUUAUAUGUUCUGGUUGUAGACUUCAUUUUUUUUAGGUAAUAUUGGAUAACACCAUCCUAUAACAUUUACACAAACAUAGCCCAGGUUUAAGUGUAUGAGUUUAGGCCAGUUACACAUUGAAGUCAUAUAAUUAGAAGAAGAAAUAGCAGAAAAAAAAGAAAAUAGUUUUCAAACUGGUGAUAUAUUUUUGUUCUUUAUGAAAUCUGUAUUUAGUUCCAAGUAUUUAACGUUUACAUCUUUCAUGUGCAUUACUUAUCUGAAUUUACUGGUAUCACUAUAUACGUACAUAUACAAACUAGCCUCUUCUAUCAUAUUUAUAUAUUAAAUAUUAAAUGUUUUAAUACAACAGUGAAUCUCUUAUUGUUAACUUUGUAAAUUAAUAUAACUCAAGAUUACCUUAAAAUGAAUGUGCGGUUUAAACAUGUAAAGAAUUGUGAUAAAAUCAGUGAUUAACAGUGUAUCAACAAUGAAAGUUUUUGUAACUGCUGAAUUAAAAAAAAAACAUACUUCAAUUAUAA